AUUAUUAGCAAAAUGCGACAACUGCCUAUCAUUGUUUCUGUUUGAUAGGCCAAAGCCAUCCUUUUAUUGUCACCAAUUUAAUAGAUUUUAUGGGUCCAAAUCUAAAGUUCAAAAAGUUGCGAAGGAUCAUUCCAAUGAAAAAGUUGUUUAUUUUGAGACUGAGAAAAAAGAGCUCCUUUCUCAACUAGAAACCCAACUAAACAACUCCAUAAGCAAGUAUAAGGCAGUUCUCGAUAAAUUACGCGUGGGGAUGCCUCCUAUAAGAUCGUUUGAAGAACUAAAACUCAUGGUUAAUGGCACCGAAACCCCGUUAAGCGCUGUUGCGCAGAUUUUUUUAAAAGGCCCUUCUUUGCUUAUCAACAUAUUUGAUAAAAAGUUGGUGCCAUCCGUUCAAAAAGCUCUUUGUGCGGACUCUAAUCUUUUUGUUUCCUCCACUGAAAAUUUAAUUUCCGUAACUUUUCCAAAGCCAAGCAAAGAACAAAGACAGGAAAUUAUCGUCUCUGCAAAGCAAUCGUUAGAAACAACAAAAGUGGCAGUUCGAAAUACUCGAAGAAAACUGCUUGGUAAAUUUAACGCUGAAUGGAAUAAACUUGACACUGUUACCAGAAAACGUUUAGAAAAAGAGGUUGAUGAAGUUUGUGCAAAAAAAACUGGAGAGGCUGAAGCAAUUUUUAGUUUGAAAAAGGCGGCCCUUGAAAAAUGAUAGUGGAG